AGUUGUUAGUAAAAAAAAGUUUGAAACAAACACAGAUUCAGUUCAAGCUAAGGGUGCGUGCGUGGAGGAGGAGGAGGAACCAUAGAAUCACUUGAUUUACCUAUUCUCGCUCAGCAAAACUCUAGUCGGCUGUUUUUUAUUGUUUUUUUCUUGGCAAACAUAUCCCUCCCUCGGCCUACUUAACUCUGCUCGACUUGGCAAGCGACACAGUGCGGCACCAUUAACGUCAAAUCCCUAUAAAAAUGAAAUUUUUGAGUGGCACCUCCACACUUUGUCUCUGAGACGCUAGCACAGCUGGACUCCGAAUACCGCCAAAAUAACAAUAUUAACUAACGUCCUUUGUAGCUUUGCUAAUGCCUUCAAGAUUGCCGUUAUAUUGGUUAGCUCGCAUCUAGCGUUCGAUUGCUGCUCGAAAAGCAAUCGUAACAACAGCCCUGCAUGACUCCAACCAACCGCGGGCCGUCAGGGAAUACAAUUGAAACUGAGAUAUUUCCUUAGACUUUUUCGAAAUCAGACUGUAUUUUCCCAAAAAGAAACGUAUUAACCGACAAGAUAUAUUCAGCGGGUUUUAAAAAGAAGCUUCCAAUAUAUUUUGUGGCGAUGAAAAAUAGCAGUAAUUUACGAAAACCUACAAGAGAUGCAAGAGAUUAGUGGAGAAGCAUUGUCUCUUAGUUACACUUAUUACCAGGCCGCAUAGCCAACAUGCAAGUCGCUUACGCUCCGUAGCGAUCGAAAUGCAGCUGUCACUGUCGCACUAAUAUGGAAGAGUGAUAGAGAUAAAGAUAGUUUGUUUUCCAAGUAGGCAUAUUACAAUGCGCUUAUGAACGUCAAAUAAAGCUACGCUUGCUCUAACCCUACAAUUACAUCUCUGACCCGAGAAAAUUAGAUUAGAUUGACAGAGAGCUACAAAGUGUUUCCUUGUCGUAGCGAUAGUGAUUGUCACCUUGGCUAGGCUGCCAGUUGUGUGCUCGUUGUUCAUUCUGUCCGCGUAGCCAACGUGCUGUGGCAAAAAUAAACUAAAGUGCCAAUCGUUAACGCUCUGUAGCGUAGCGUAAUCAUCUCUCUCUAUAACUCGUCCAUAUCAGUGCGACAGUGACAGGUGCGUUUCGUUCGCUACGGAGUUAACGAUUAGCACGUUGGCUACGCGGGAUGAAUCUGAUCUAUCUAAUAUAAUGUAUGACGCUAUGGAGCUGCCUGGACAGCAGUUACCCUCGGCGAAUGCAACUACACCGCUUGACCAUUACCUAAACCUUGACAUCAAGGCACCUCCUGGAUGCCAGCGUCUCACUGGAAUCAUCGCCUCUAUGGGUAGAUCCACAACAGACGUAGAAGUCGUAGAACAAAUGAUAGCAGCCGGGAUGAAUAUAGCCUUACUAAACUUUUCGUUUGGCAACGUCGAAGAACACAUUGAAAUGAUCAAAACUUUGAGACAGGCUGCCAAGAACUACAGUGUCAAAAUGGAGAAAAUGUUUCCUCUCGCUAUUGCUGGGCGUCUGACGGGUAAAAAAAUUCGGACUGGACGGAUAGCUGACAGUUAUGGGGAUACCGUUGACCUAAAAACUGGAGAAACAGUAAGACUAACAUCAGACGAAACAUAUAAAGAUAGAUGUUCUACAUACACCAUCUUUGUUGACUUCAUGUAUUUAGCAGAUCAAGUUAAGAAAGGGAACAACAUCUUGUUGGACAAUGAAUCUAUAUCUUUGAUAGUAGAAGUCAUCUCCUCUACAACAAUGACGUGUAAGAUUGAAAGGGGUGGGCAGUUAGGUUCAUAUAAAGAUGUGUUUAUACCUAAUGUACUGUUAGACAUGCCAAAUUUUUCUGAAAAAGACAGAAUGGAUAUUGAAUUGGCUAAAUCCCAUCAGCUCGAUAUUUUAAUCGCUCCGUUUGUGAGCAGUGCCGACGCUAUUAGAGAGUUAAAACAACUUUUGGGGGAAAAGGGUAAAAAAAUUGCAAUCAUAUCUCAAAUUCAAACUAUCCAAGGAUACCAUAAUUUCGAUGAAAUACUCGAUGCGACAAAUGGAAUAAUGAUUUCAAGACAAGAACUGGGAUCAGACAUUACUCCCAAAAAAUUGAUAUUAGUUCAAAAAAACAUGAUUGCUCGCGCUAAUAAGGCUAAUAUCCCAGUAAGCAUUAGCAGCCAACUUCUAAGCAGUAUGAGAUACCACUCGCAGCCGCUAAGGUCUGAGCUGCUGGACGUGUCGAACUGCGUGUUAGAUGGAGCUGACGCCCUGGUACUAACUGCGGAAACGGCGGUUGGUCAAUACCCGGUGGAGACCGUCGCUUGCCUAGCCAAGGCAUGCAAGGAGGCUGAAGCCUGCGUGUGGACAAGGCAACUGUUCAUGGAUAUGAUUGAUACGAGCCCGCUCCCCUGCAACAAAUCGGUCGCCAUCGGCCUUGCAGCGGUCUUAGCGGCGCACCGCACGCUCGCCGCAGGCAUAGUCGUGGUCACGUCGACUGGACACUCCGCCCAUAUUGUGUCUCGUUUCAAACCUCGCUGCCCGAUCGUCGCUCUCACUAGAUACCCGAUUAUCGCCAGGCAGCUUCAUAUGUGGAGGGGCAUCAUACCGUUGGUAUACGAAGACCAGCCUGACCCCGACUGGUUGGUGGACGUGAACCAGCGCGUGGCCUUCGCGUGCAAGUGGAUGAUGGAGCGCGCGUUCGUCAGAGUGGGGGACCCUCUGGUGCUGGUGACGGGCUGGCGCGAGGGCCAGGAGUUCGCAGAGACCAUGCGGGUCGUGUAUGCCAACGCUGAUUGAACUGUUUUGUGGUAAAUACAAUGCAAAAGAGACACUACUUUAUUGCA